UGGAGCUAAAAGCUAAACAAAAAUAAAGCUUCGCGUUGUUCGUCGAGCUGGUACUCGAAAUUUUACUCUGAGAUUUUCGCAAACAAAAAUGGCCCAAAGAAAACUGAAAGUGAAAUCCAAAGGUCCGAAAGCCACCAAAAAGGCCGCCAAAAAGCCCAAAGGAGGCGCCGUAACCAAAAGAGCGAAUCGCCCAGUUCCGGCCAAAAAGCAAGAGGUGAGCCAAAAAAUCAAGCAAGCCAUCACGAAGACCGUCAACAAAACUGCCGAAGAUGAUAUUCGUUCCAGAGCCACUAGAAGCGGGAAACAGAAUCUGUCAAAGGCUCAGCAAGCCGUGGCCAACCACACUAAAAAGGGUAAAGCUAAAUAGUUUCGCCAACUAAUACGUAUUUGUACCUGUUAAGAGUGUUUUUAAUAAUACUUAAAUCUGUAACUGAAGUACAAAAUGCAUAUUAGGUUAGGUAUUAUACCAUACUCUUCAAUGUAGGUCAUCUGAUAAUAUUAAUUUUCUUUUUACACACGUGUGAGUAUGUUAAAUUUUAAUUAAAACAUGUUAUCUUAAAUUUAGUGAAAAUAUCAAUUUAUAUAAAUAGAUUAAACAUUUUGAUGGUUAUGUAUGGGGUGGUUGCUUUUAUUUUAUCACAUUGUUUUGAUAAGGAUCUUUUGGAAAAAGUUUCCCAUUUUGGAGGUUCAAAAAAUGCUAAUUCCUUCAUUUGAAGGUAAGUUAGGUCAAUAGUUCAAACAUACAGGGUGUCAAAUUUCAUUUAAAUAGUUCAAAUGUACCAUAUUUAAAAUUAUGUAAUUCAAGGUUUUAUUAUUCUUCAGUUUAUUUUUAUACAUUUUUUAGCAUUUUUCCAUAUCAAUUGAGUUGUAAAAAGUGACUGCCCUAUAGAUGGACCUGUUUUUUAUAUUUUGACUUGCAAAGUAGUUUAUUUUACUCAAAAAAAGAAAUGUUUGUCAAAAAAUAAAUAAAAAAACCUGAUGGGUGUUUUUCUGUUUCAUCUUAUAAUAAUUAAUUAAGGUUAGGGUGCGAAAAUUGUACUUUUAUUGGAUAUCUAUUAUACAGUAGGGUUAUGUGCAAAAAAGUGUACUUUAAUGGAAAGUAUUUUUUCUUUUUUGAUAAUUGAAUAAAUAAAAGCCUUUUAUAUGCACGUAGAUG